AUGCCUGUUCUCUCGCCUAACUUCCCCACCCACUCAACCUCCCUCCUUUUUUUUUCCCCCCCCUCCCUGAUUGGGAAUGCUCUCAGCAAGGUCAGUUGGUCAGCCUGUGUGCUUAUUCAUCUACAACUAGCCAGCUGCUAUCAUAAUUACUGUCCAGUUUGGCUUAGAGGGUGCCACUGCUCACACAACUGUCUCUUGCUAGCUUGUUCUCUGUCCCUCCUUCAGAACCUACCCUUUUCCUCGCUACAUCUACAUUCUGAUCAGGGAGGAUGUGUGGAGCUGAAGACCAGAUCCUGUCAGUGUGAUCAUUGUAUGUAUGUAUGUAUGUACGUAUGUAUGUAUGCCGCAGUGUUUCAAACACUCCUUCUCACAACAUCACAAUCAAUGGAUAUGUCCACCCAAAUUGUCAUAAUAAAACAGGCUGAAAUUCUAUACAAGCUUUCUUUCUUUCUUUUCCCUUGUUUUUUAUGA